UACCAUCAUGCUAUACGCCUGCUACCUUUGACCUUCGAUGACUUUCAAUUAGUAUUAAUAUGCUGAGCUACGAGCCUUACCUUCCACUAAACCCUUUUUGAGUAAAAAUUCAUUUGUUUCGUUAUUCAUAACAGAAAGAAAAAACCAUCAUGGGAAGCGAAGGGGUGAAGAAACCAAGAAUCCUAUGCCUUCAUGGGUUCCGAACAAGUGGCCACAUCCUCAAAACACAGUUACACAAGUGGCCCCAAUCUGUUCACGACCACCUCGACCUUGAGUUCCUCGAUGCUCCUUUUCCUUGUCAGGGAAAAUCCGAUGUUGAAGGAAUCUUUGAUCCUCCUUAUUACGAGUGGUUCCAGUUCAACGAGGAAUUUACGGAGUAUACCAACUUUGAUGAAUGCGUACAAUACAUAGAAGAUUACAUGAUCAAGCACGGACCCUUUGAUGGCCUUCUGGGCUUCUCUCAGGUAAUUAAUUGCUUGCGAGGUGCAGGGGAGACAGAUUUCCUGAGGCCUUAUGGUACUCAGCUACUAGAAUCCUGUAUUGAGCCUAUGAUCAUCCAUCAUCCCAAAGGCCAUACCAUUCCAAGAUUAGAUCCAGAGAGUUUGAAGACCACCAUGAGUUUCAUCAAAAGAAUAAAAGAUGUGGUUGAAAAUGAGCAAUGAGUUUAGACAAGUGCCCCUGCAAGUAAUCAAAUUUUAAUCUAAGCUUUGACAAACGGAACAACUAGUAAUAAUUUCAGAUAUACAUACGCAUACUAUAUAGGCCCAAGAAGACAUAUAUAUAGGUUUCACUAUACAGUAUACACUGCCAACUAAUGGUUGCUUCAUACUUCUUAAUGUACCAUUGAUUUAUCAUGUUAAGGGUAACUAUUUACCAUUGAUUUAAUACUCUUGUACCAUUCAUACUUCUUAACGUAUAAU